AAAUGAAGCGAUAAUAAUCAAAUUCUUUCAUGAAUUUGGCGCAAAAACUAACCUGUUUUGAUUUCAGACAUGUUGGAUGACGUCACAUGGGUUUGCUGAGAGGAAGUCAUUUUGGUAAUGCAACAUAAGUGAUAUUAUUUUCAAUAUACAACUACAUGUGCCACAAAUACCAUCACAGACUGAUACAUAGAUCGUUAGGUGUUAUACCUAUAGCAUUUAAAACGUAUUUAGGUUUCACAUUAUUGUAAAUAAGUGAAAAGUGAAAUAGUGUAAUUGCGCAGAGCUUGAUUCUGCAACUGACCUUUUUGGGAACUUUCAACCAGGAAGUAGGUUGCAGUAAAAUUCUCAUUACUUCCUCAUAUGAAUUUCAAGGGUUUCAAGGAUACAUCGGUUAGGGAAUCCCAUCAAAGGUUGUUGUAAAUAUGUGAUAUAGCUGCACCAGAAUUUCUAUCAAAUAUGGGUAACUGUAUGGGAAAACCUAAGACUGUGGAGGGAAAUGCUGCUAAAUAUGUCGCAGAGAACAACGCUGCAGAAGUGACAACACCCAACAAAUACAAUGAAGGAGCAGCACGUGAUCUGCGUGAUGAACUUCCUCCUCCCCCUGAUCCGUCACGGCCACAAUCUGGAGCUAAACUGAUCCGGGCACUGUAUGACUAUGAGGCAAGGACGGCUGAUGAUUUGACAUUCAAGAAAGAUGAUAUCAUGGAGAUUGUCAGUGACACGGACAGCGAUUGGUGGAUGGCACGUCACAUGGUGUCCAAUCAGACUGGAUACAUUCCUAGUAACUAUGUGGCAGUAGAAGAUACAUUGGAGACAUACGACUGGUACCUUGGGGCAGUGAAGAGAAAAGAGGCAGAGAAGUUGCUUUUGGAAGGACGGAACAAACCUGGCACAUUCCUUAUAAGGGAAAGUGAGACUUCUAAGGGUGCAUUUUCAAUCAGUGUGUUGGAUUUCAAUGAUGCGACAAAUGAGAGGAAUGUGAAACAUUACAAAAUCCGAAACCUCGAUGAAGGAGGCUUUUUUAUUGCUGCAAGGUUUAAGUGCAGAACUCUCACGGAACUAGUGGAGCACUACUCAACUGCCAGUGAUGGUCUCUGUCAAAAGUUGACAGUGGCCUGCCCCAAGCCGAAGCCAGUGAUGAGUGACCUUUCCAGGGAAACCAAGGACCAAUGGGAGAUUCCCAGGGACUCGUUGGAACUUAUGGAGAAACUUGGCGCUGGUCAAUUUGGAGAAGUCUGGAAAGGUUGCUACAACAAAACUACUGAUGUGGCAAUCAAAACCCUGAAGCCCGGAACAAUGACACCAGAGGCAUUCUUACUAGAAGCCCAAAUCAUGAAGAACUGUCAACAUGAGAAGCUGGUGAAGCUCUAUGCAGUGUGUACGCAAGAGGAACCCAUAUAUAUUGUCACUGAGUUAAUGAGUGAAGGGAGUUUGUUGAGCUAUCUGAGAGAGGGGGCUGGGAGAAGAGCCAAAUUACCAGAAAUGGUUGAUAUGGCGGCCCAGGUUGCCAGUGGAAUGGAAUAUAUUGAGCAGCAGAAGUAUGUCCACAGAGACCUGGCAGCUAGAAAUAUACUUGUGGGGGAAAAUAGGAUAUGUAAAGUUGCUGACUUUGGUCUUGCUAGAUUGAUAGAAGACGAUGAAUACCAGGCCCAGAGAGGUGCAAAGUUCCCUAUCAAAUGGACGGCCCCUGAGGCUGCGAACUAUGGUAAAUUCACAAUCAAGUCUGAUAUAUGGUCCUAUGGGAUCUUGCUAAUUGAAAUAACCACCCAUGGACAAAUACCAUAUCCAGGUAUGAAUAACCGAGAAGUAUUAGAACAAAUUGAUCGUGGCUACAGGGCCCCUCGUCCCAAACUCUGCCCUGAAAGUAUGUAUGAAACGAUGCUACAAUGUUGGGAGGAAGAUGCAAACAAAAGACCAACAUUUGAAUACUUAAAUGCCUUCUUUGAAGACUAUUUCAUCGCAACUGAACCAAGCUAUAAAGAAACAGAUGAUAUUUAGAGCAUAAAUGAUAUGUAUGCUAUGCCACGUUUUACCAGCAGGAAUUAUGAACCAUUGUGAAAUGUGAGUUGUUUACACUUUUUCCUGUUGUGGUUUGCAAGAGGAACUUAGAAACAUAUGUCACACAAGUCGCAUGCUACUGUGGGAGUUAACCUGAAGUGACUUGUCUGGAAAAAUCAAAUGGAUCACGUGGAUGUACAUUAAUGCUAUAAAGUGUCGUAGAAAUAUUUUUUGUUAGAUAAUUGAAUGAUAUGGACUCCCUCAGCAGGACCUGUCUAUUGGACAAAUGAGCAGUUGUUUUAGAGGUGUUCAUCUUUUAGAGGUGUUCAUCUUUGAGAGAUGUUCUACUUUUAGAGGUGUUCAUCUUUUAGAGGUGUUCAUCUUUGAGAGAUUACUUU